AGGGAAUCACCUUUGUCACUGAAUGUCCCGAAAAUUCCCAAUAAAAUCGUCAUGUCGAAGCGUUUCAAUCGUCUGGAAAUCAACAAAGUCAGUGCCAAGCGCCCUCGGAUCGACGUGCAACAAAAUGACGCAAACAACGAAGUCACAGUCCGAAGUUCCUUCAAAGCUUCCAUCACAACGUCUGCCAGAACCACAAACCCCAUCGUCAAAGUCCCGAGCAUGUCGGCAUUUCCCGAUGACGACGGCGACGACGAUUUAUUGGUCCUGAUCUCGUCGCAGCUCGAACAAAAAGCAAAAGUUGAAACAACCCCCGCCCUGAAUGACAGCUUUAACGCCUUCGCCGUGGGUGUCAGUCAAAAAACUUCGACCCAAAUGUUCGUUCAGGGCACAAAAAACCUCCCGGAGCCCAAAAACGAGUUCAACGCAUGGGACGACGAUGACGACGACUUGCUGCUGUCGCAAUUUAACAUGGAAGAGAACAAAGUCACGCUGGAAAAACAAAAGGAACAAAGUCGAAUGGCAGCAAAAAAGGCACAACCGAGCACCUCAAAGCCCGCUUUUGAGUUCAAAGUGCCGCAAAAAGUCGACGAAAGCGUAAUUUUACCAUCGCAGAUGACAGUUUCCGACGAAGCUCGUUCAAAUUUGGCUCAACGACGUCAACGCGCCAACGAAUUACAGAUAAAAUGUCUCCAAAAGCACUUUGAGGAGCUGAAACAGUCGAAAAAGAAGCUCGAAGAAAAGGAAGCGGAGAGUCAAAAACGCUUAAAUUCCCAAACAACGGAAAUUACCUCCCUAAAAUUCGAAUUGAAGCGCCUGAAGACACUUUUGGAAACAGAAAAACAGGAAAAACUCAAAAAUUCUGAAAAAAUCAACAAGGAAUGGAGCGAACGUCUCACGGAUUUGGAAAAACAACUAAAAAUCCACGAAAUGGAAUUGGCGCGAAAAAAUUCCGAAAUAAUGAACGCUUCAAUGAAGCGUCGAACAUUAAACGGAUCCUCCAAUCAUCACAUCGGCAGUCCAGAAAUGCCUUUGGCGCGUCCCCAAAUCGACGUUUCCGACAUUUUUGCGAUUUGUCAGAAGCUUUGCCGCAUCCCACGAUCCCCGAUGCGCGUCAAUUCCCAAAUUUUCCGCGAAAUGCCCGCUUCGGCACUCGCCAAGAAGGAAAUUUGCAUCAAAGAAUACGAACCGCUGACGAUGGGAUUGGCGAAACUCUUCAUUGCCGACAAAGCUGACACAAAAAUCGCGGAACAAGUCAUUCUGCUAAAAAUCGUCUUGAAACAGCUUUACCGGUACGCUCGUCGCCUGAAAAAGACCCGCAGAGGCGAAUAUUUGAAAGUUCCCGCUGCGGAAAGGACAAAUUUGGUGCGAGCAAUGCAGAAAAAUCGACCUUUGAGGCUUUGUGAGACGCAUUCGGGCCAGCAACCGACAAUUUAUGACGCUGCGGAGAACGUGAGGGAUGAAAAAUGUCUCGUAGCGCGUCGAUGUCUUGCUGUUAUCGCGGAAAUGUGUCGCUUGGAGGUCUUUGUGAGAGUUAUUUUAAAGGCAGAUGUCAAUUUUUUGAAAAAAAUUAUGUUAAUUGUCGAGACUUUUGGCACGGCGAACGAUUAUCCGGAAUAUUCGGCAGUUAUGACAGCCAUGUUGAGCAUCGCCCUGAACAUUUAUCGCAAUACCCGAACACUAAAAUCCCCGGAAACGGAUAAAUUAUUGUUUUUCUUCGUCAAAGCCGUGAUUCAUUGUCGCCUCAUGAGCUUCGAGACGUUGCAUCAAGUCGCCGAGGUGCUGCAAGAAGUCGCGCUGCAACGAGACAAGACGUUUCUUGCCCAUUUUUGUGCCAAAAAUUGUGAUAUGGUUGAACGGAGUAACCUUUCCGCUGGGAUUUUGCGUUUCACGAAGGGUUCGUGUGCCUUGCAAGUCUUCGGAGCGUGUCUCGAGACAAGUAUUCAGUACAAUCGGGCAUUGGAUGCAUCGAAAAUUCACACAAUUGCCGAGACGGCGAUGAAAAUUCAGCGAUUUUUGACGGUAGCGGAGGAUUUGCAAGUGUCGUGGAUGUUCCAACCGCCCUUUGGAGACCCCGCGCCAAUUUGUCCGUGCAUUCCGAAGCUCAUUUGCGGCUUUAUUCAGCUACUUCACACGUGUUUGGCGGCUUUUCAAAGCAAUCCGCAAGUUUUGGACCCGAAAACGAUGAGUUACUUAACGCAGGACGCCGUAAUUUUGCUCGGGCGAACCUUUGAGCAGUACGAAGAGUACCAAAUUGAUAUUUUCACGUAUGGAUGCGGGGCACUACUCACCGUCAAAUCAAGUUUCAAAAACGCCGUGUCGUUAAUUAAUCAAUUUCACGAGAGAUUUGAGUUUGAAACGAUACAUGUUCGAUCCUUGGAAAUCCUGAAUAAUCCGAAAAUUCUCAUGGAUUAUGAGGAAGACGAUGAAGACCAGCCGAUGGAAGAGAGUGACGACUCUGAAUUUGAUAGUUUCAGUGUUGAAGAUGACUACAGGAACAAAUAUUAAAUAUUUAAUUUAUGUUAAUAGAUUUCGAUUAAAAUUUUUCAUUAAAAAUUCAGUUGGUCGAUUUUCUGUCAAAAUGCUUGAAAUUGAUUGACAAGAAGAAAAGUUGA